CUCAUUUCGAUGCCUCCUUUGAAGGAGAAGGACAGUAACGUCAGCAUGGCUGGCAACAAGCACCCCCGAGUGGAAUCUGAUCCUACGAACAGUAACAGCGACGCAAGGAAAGCCCGGAAAGUCAGUGACACUGCAACUGCAGAUUCAAGACAGCAGCCAACGCCUCCUCAAAGCAGCGUCCCUAGCAGCAGCGCUCGCUCAGCUUGCUACAACAGCUCGUAUGGACUGCCCAACACUCACAGCCAGGCAGAGCGCAAUUCCUGGCUCGCUGAUGAGGAUGCAAACGAAGUGAUCGCGUCUACACAAUUUGCUACAAACGGAUCGGACGAGUACCAACACUAUGGCGACAUAUCUACCAAAGUCGUCGGUGUACGGUACUACUCCGGCUAUGCCAACCCGGGAGAGCACAUCCUCAUUCGAAGAGAGCCUGGUAAUCAAUACGACUCGAAUGCAAUCAGAAUCGACAAUGUUGCAGGCACUCAGAUCGGUCAUAUACCGCGCGGUGUCGCUGCCAAGCUUGCAAGAUACAUCGAUAGUCGCAUGUGCCAUUUCGAAGGACAGCUUGCUGGCGAAAUGGGAUCAUUCGAUUGCCCGCUGACUGUGCAUGUCUAUGGCCCAGAUCCCAGCACUGGAAUUGGCAGAGCACUAAUCAAUCGCAUGCGAACUGAAAACCUCGGCGUCAAAGGCCUGCAGGAUGCUGAACGAGUGGCUAAACGACUCGAGAAAGAACAGCAAGAAGCCGAGAAGAGACGUCUGGCUGAGGCUCGACGUGCGGCUGCAAGUGGUGCAGGUGCUCCCUCAUCGUCACAAUGGACCAAUCAAGCAAGCAGCAGUCAAGCCAACAUGUCAAGCAUCUUAGAAACUUCUCACCGUAUCGAUCCUCGGGCCAUCGGUCGUGAUGCCGAAAAGCUGGGUGCUUCUGAAGAUGAGCUCAAAGCCAUGCCAAUGGCAGCAAAGCCUCAUUGCAUUAAAACGGAAAUGCUGCCAUAUCAGCUUCAAGCGUUGCAAUGGCUCCUCGACCAAGAAUCUCCAAAGUUACCGGAUCUUGGUUCGCAACAAUUGAUCCAGCUUUGGAAAGCCGAUAGGAAGUACUACACCAAUCUAGCAUCCGGCAUCUCCACGCAGACGCCGGGCCUUGCUUCAGGUGGCAUUCUCGCCGAUGACAUGGGAUUAGGCAAGACGCUUCAGAUGAUCGCCCUUGUCGCUUCUGAGUCAGAAGGGCAAGCGCGUGCACCGACACUCGUUGUGGCUCCUGUCAGUGUACUCAGUAACUGGAGUGGCCAAGCUCAAUUCCACACGCAUGAUGAUCGGAAGCUAUCGGUCUAUACAUAUCAUGCUAGCGGUCGUGUCAAGAUGAAAGCCGAGGACUUCAGUCAGUACGAUAUUGUGUUGACCACUUAUGGCACUUUAGCCAGCGACUUCGGAGUCAAGAAAGGCUCAGUCAUACCGGAGCGAAAGCUGAGGAGCAGCGGGCUCUACAGCGUAGAGUGGCGACGAAUCAUUCUCGAUGAAGGACACUCGAUCCGGAACCCAGCCACGAAAGCCGCAGCAGCAGCUAUGGGCUUGAUAGCCAGAAGCAGGUGGGUCUUGACAGGAACACCAAUCGUCAAUUCGCUGAAGGACUUGUUCUCUCUGCUUCGUUUCGUUGGAAUUACAGGUGGUCUUGAUCAGCUUGAGACCUUCAACGCUGUGCUCGUGCGACCUCUCAAGUCCGGCAGCAGCAGCGCCAACAAUCUCCUCCAGGCCAUCAUGAGGUCCUUCACUCUGCGAAGACGCAAAGACAUGGCUUUCGUCGACUUGCGGCUGCCGAAGCUUGACGAAUACGUGCAUGGCAUUGAUUUUACACGCAAAGAGCAGGAGCGGUACGAUGCGCUCACGGCAGAAGCGAAGGGGCUCAUGAGGAGCUAUGACAAGAAGAAAGCGGCGGCUGGACAGAGCACGAGCGGGGCGUAUAACCAUUUACUUGAGGUGCUACUUCGCAUGCGGCAGUGCUGCAACCACUGGCAGCUCUGUGGCGAACGAGUCACCAAUCUCCUGGCUCGGCUGGAGGUUUCCAAGAACGUCGAGCUGACAGCAGAGAACAAGAAAGCAUUACAGGACGUGCUCAGAGUGCAGAUGGAAAGCUCGGAGGACUGUGCAAUCUGCCUUGACACCCUUCACCAACCAGUCAUCACCACUUGCGGUCAUGCGUUCGGCAGGUCGUGUAUCGAGAAGGUGAUUGAAACACAAGCAAAAUGUCCCAUGUGCCGAGCGCCACUCAAGGAUGAUGGCAGCCUUGUCGAGCCUGCGAAUGAGUAUGGAGACGAGAGAGGCGACGACAAUGUCGACUUGACACAGUCUAGCAGCAAGGUGGAUGCAUUGGUCACGAUUCUUGCUGCUAAUCAGAGCAGCGGUAACAAGACCAUUGUGUUCUCGCAAUGGACCAGAUUCCUAGACAUGGUCAAGAGCAGACUCGACCAAGAAGGCUACAAGUGCUGUCGGCUCGACGGCACCAUGAAUGUGCAGCAACGCGACAAGGGCAUGCAUGCAUUGGAGAAUGACGCGGAGACUGGAAUCAUGCUUGCAUCGUUGGGUGCGUCUGCCGUGGGCCUCAACUUGACGGCGGCAAACAUUGUGGUGUUGUGCGACACGUGGUGGGCUCCUGCUAUAGAGGAUCAGGCCGUCGAUCGCGUGCAUCGUCUCGGACAAAAGAAAGCGGUCAAGGUGUUCCGACUGGUGAUGAACAAUACGAUCGAGCAGCACACACUCGAUGUGCAGAAGGACAAGCGGAAGCUGAUGAUGAUGGCCUUUUCGGAACAGCAGAACAAGAGGCUCAACGCUCGAGCUGGCAGAAUCGACGAUAUCAGAAGACUGCUGGCAUGAGUUGAUGGUGAUCACAAGCAGCAUAGCUGUCAUAGCAACAACCAUAGUGGUCGCAAACCGAGGCGUACGGUUGUAACAUGGACAUCUCCGUUGGAGGUGAGUUCAAGCAUUGCAGCCAGUGCCUUGGUGCGCUUCUGUUCUGCGGUACCAUUGGGCGCCGGCCAAAUGUUGCAAGCCUUGGUGACGACAUGGCGGCGUUGCGCAAAGGUUGAGCUUAAGCUGGUUCAGGUUCGGAGGAUAAGUUAUUAUUAUGUAGGUGUAUGUGGUGGCGGAUGUGGAGGCAUUAUUGUCACCGCUCUUCUGCUACGCGGCAGGCACGCAGCAUCCUUGUCAUGCGACCGGCACCACACCAGGCAUUAUUAUUAAAUAAUUGGGCUCUG